AUUUUAUUGUCUAUAAAAUGUCUGCUUCAGGUGCAGGAAGGAAGUUGUUCAAAUAUCACCUUGAAAAGAACAUCAAAUACAGAAAUGAGAGACCACUCUUCUUCAGAAGAAUGAAUAGAUGGAGAAAUGAUAGUCACGAUUUUGCUCUCCCAGUCUCAAAGAUUGGAUACCUCACUGGAUACUUCAAAUAUGGCGCUUUCGCCUUUAUGUCUUGGCACUACUCAAAGAAAAUCUUUUCGAGAGGAAAUCAUGGGCAUCAUGAACACCAUGGAGAAGGACACCAUUAAAAAUCAAUAAUAGAAUUGUAA